CAGUGUUAUUUCGACCGUCGCGGAGGUCGGACUCUUGUUCGAUUUUCAUUUUCACGUGCCGCGUAUUUUUUCUCCUAUUCAUUCCAAAAAAAAAACAACAACAACUAUCGAUAUUUUUUUUUUCUUAUCUCAAUUUUUCAAAAAUAAAAUUAUUUUUUCUCAUGAUUUUGUCAUUUGAAGUUAGAUAUUCUCAUAUGAUUGGAAUUCAAAGUAAUUGACAGUAAUCGAUGUGACAAGUAAUAAAAAAUAGAUUUGAAAAAAGUCCGAUUAACAAGUGUCAAUUACCUUUGGGGUAGUUUUACACUCCCGAGUGGAUAGGACUCGAAAUACAUUCGAACUCAAAUGAAUGAGUUAAUAAAAAAAUUAAAUUAAUAAAUGAAUUCAUUUAAUUAAUUAAUCAAUAAAUGAAUUAAUCAAUAAAUUUGGAUCUAAACAAAUAAUUACUAUUCAAAAAUGAAUACAUUCCCUGAAGAUGAAUUUAGAAAAAAAAAUUUUGUCGUAAUAGAAAAAAAGUGUAGUGAAUAGUGAAUGAACUCGCAAUGAGUUUUUUCAACGUAAAAGUGCUAGUGAUGUUAAAUAGCCAAAAGGAUAUAUUGGUGUCUAAAACUCAUCAUUUGGAUAAUUCGCCGAUAUCAUGAAAUUUGAAAUCUCCCGCGCUUGUUGUUAUUUUGUGUCACUUAAUUUUUACUAUACAAAAGCGUAACAACAAGAAAAUAGUGUCAAAAAAAAAUUCUGUGUGUGAGCAAAAGAAAGUGAUUUAUUAUUAAAAAGCAAAAGUCACGUGGUUGAUGAUAAUGAUGAUGGUUGAAGAAAAGAAAAGUUUUUGACAAUUUUUUUUUUUUUUUUUUUUGACGUGACAACGUGGUGAAGGAUAUAAUUUUGCCGGCGUAUACACAAUAUCGAUCUGCGUUUACGCAAGUGGAUAUAUACUUAACUGUUCGAGCACGUGGAUACAUCACUGAUGAAACUUGCCGCGCAAGGAAUGCGAUCUUAUCUCGCUCAGAGACGUCAGUGGAAAUGUGUUCAAUGAGGUAAUUCGCAAAGAUGGAGACAGUGCGUGAGAAUGGAGCGGCAAAUCGUUGGGUGAAUGGAUCAACGGGAAGUGAAGUGUCAAUUUCGCCCUCGAAUUGUGUGAAUCAUUUGAAAAUCGUGGAAUGUGAUGUUGAUAGUGAAAAGAAAAUUCCUCGAGAAUUUAUCAAGGAAGAGAUGGAUCCUUACAAGGAAUUGGAAUUAUACCUCGCAAAAGUAAACGAGGAAAUCAGUGAGAUAAUAGAAUCCGUCACACCAAUCAACAACACUGAAAAAUGUUCACCCAAAAUCAAAGUAUUUAAUUCAACAACAACACCAAUGACUAGAGAUCGUAAUUACGGUACAAAUUCGUUGCCGUCGCGAAAGAAUUUAUUGCGACAAGCCUCGUGCAAAAAAGCGCAAAAUAUAACCGUGAAAGAUGACAUUAGCGAUUGGUCGGAAAAUAUUCUUGCCGAAUUUAAUGAUAUUAUUGCCAAAGAAAUCAAUGAAUUGACACGCGCCAAAUUAAAUUCACAACGUAAUCAACCGUUGAAGGAGGAGAAAAUCAAUUAUAAAGAUUUACUCAAUGAAUUUGGCAUUGCCGACAGUAGUUCAUCAAAUAGUUUGGACGACACAAAACCUGAGCAAAUAGAACGAAAAUUACCCCCCUCACGAUUAAAGCGAAACGACAUUGAUCGACAUCUUCUGCAGAAACACCGGCUCAGUGGAAGUUUACCCGAAAAUCUUCACCAUGAUCUAACGAGAGGUCAUUUUAGGGAAAAUAAUAAUUGCACCCAAGAGAAAAUAAUAAUGGAUCAGAAAUUAUCGCGUAAUAGCUCUAGUCUACUUGAAUUCAACAGUAGAGGCAAUGGACCAAAGAAUGGAAAACUUCCACAAGAAAAACAAAAUGUCUACGAGAAUGGAAAGGAAAAUCAAAACGGAUACGAAAACGAAAAUCAAAGCGAAAACGACAACAAAAGCGAAAAAGCGAAUCAAGGACCCUGGUGUGGAUUCAAGAUGCGUUAUCUCGACAAUCUAAACGCAAAAUUACCCCCACGACAGAGACAGGAAGUGCGCAAGAAGACAAGUCAAUCGAAAAUAAAUCACAAGCGGAGAAAAUUUAGUCAAACAGUUUCACGAUCAACCAAUGAGGACAGUGAUUAUGAUGAUUUACCAGCGAGAUCGAAAUUAUUUGUCGAAUAUUCACCGCGUUCGGCGCCAUCGACACCAACUGAGGAGAAGAAAUUGCCAUUUUCUCGUUUCUUGAAAAAACGUUACACACCCGUUUUUCAUGACAAUAAUAAUGAGGCGAUAUUAGUGCGCGUCUCAUCGCUGCCCGAUCAGGAUUUAUUGCAUUUGUCGAAUGAACAAUUAUUGAUGAAUGCGAGGAAAAGAUGUGAGAAUGAGAAAGAAAUGACGAGGGCAUUGAGAAAGAGGGAUCUUUCGCCAUUGAAUUUUUUAAGGUCAAAUCUCACUGGAAAAAGACUCUCUGAAUCGAACAAAGACAUUGGACACACGAGUCCAGUGAAUUUAAUGAAGUUUCCAUUUCGGAGGUCGAAGAGCAAUGAUGUUGCUGUUGAGUGUCAUUUACCGAAUGUCGACAGCAAACGAGAGGAAAUGGGGAAUGAAAAGAAAACGGUGAAUGAAAUGGAGAGGAAAAUUAUUGAUGACGAGGGCUCUAAAUCUGUUUCGUUGCCAAUUUCUCUACAUUCUCUGCUAUCAAAAUUUCGAAGUGGAUCGGGCACUUGUUGUACGAGUUCACCUCCCACGGAAUCAUUCACCUGUGCUGAUAUAGCAAUACAAACUUCACCUGCGAUUUCGAGAAGCUCGAGCUUUACAUGGGUCAGCGAUUGCGAAUCUCCACGAGCCGACUCUCGAGUGGACGUGCAAUCACUUCAAGACGUAACAACCUUGGAUAAUGCGUCUCCCCAACACACCGUAGACGAUGAUAACAGAUCAUCAUCUUCCUCUCAAGACCUGCUACAAAGUAUGGACGAAAUUUCCUCCGGCAGUGUAUCGCCAGACACAACUGAUCGAGCGUCACCUCUCGAAAGUGGAAUUGGCACCGCAAGUCCUCCCAGAAGUUCCGAGCGUCGUUCUGCUAAACCGGCGACGUCGAACAAAUGUCACCGCAAGGAGACUUGGGAAAGAAUUCGACGUCGUCCCUCAAAGUUGAAUUCGAGAUUGGAAAAGGGAUCGCAGGACGUUUGGAUAAAAAGAGAAAGCGUUCACACGCAAACUCGAAGAAAUGACGAGGAUCACGAUAUUGUCGACAGUAGUAGUGGUUUAGAUGAUUCCCUACCGAGAAUAAAACCAAAUAGACCCAACAAUCUGCCAUUGGGUCUCUCAAUAACCGCAAGUAGCUCGUUAAGCUCCGGAGAAUUAUUAGAAACCCCGCCACGUGCUCCUUCAUCUCCAUCUGCGGCGAGCCUUCAACUUAAAUCUGAGCCCCUCGCAAUUGAAUUAGGGGGAAAAAGUAGUAGCGCUCCACUCCUAGAAAAUAACAACGUCGACAAGGACGAGACACAGAAACCUGUACUACAGCAACCGAGGUCACAGUCAGAACGUCAAUUAUCAGAAAUCGAAGCACAAGAAACUUGUAAAUGGUUAAGAGCUGCAGGAUUUCCGCAAUAUGCACAAAUGUACGAAGACUACCAGUUUCCAAUAGAUGUAUCGAGCGUUGCGAAGGAUCAUCCAUUUUUGGAGAGGGACUCAUUGCAGAGUCUCUUCCGAAGACUGCACGCACUUAAUCGUUGCGCCAACAUGAAGUUGGACACACAUCAUCACCACCAUCAUCAUCAUCAUCACACACACCAUAGUACAAGUCACAGUAAAAGCGGAGGAGGAGGAGGAGGAGGAGGCGACGAUUCCGAUGAAGAAACACAGUGCGCAUUAAGCGAGAAUUGGAUGUUCGAGAAGAAAACAAGAAGAUGGUCACGUGUGUGUGACGUGACACAAACAAAUCUCGAGAAAUUGCAAACAAUCGCAAGUCAGAAUAUACCAUCCGAGGAGGAAUCAAUUGAGGAACGUCUUGAAGCCGAAGAGGCUGAUGAUCAAAUAGACAAUUUCCGAUAUUCGAGUCUUCCCCCAGGCACAUCACCCGACGAGCUUGGCCAACGUUUCCGGCGCACCGGUUCCGAAAGACUUCGUGACGGUGCAAAAGCAUUUUUACGACGUGUCGAGUCAUUAAAGUCGCGCCGAAGAAAACGACAAAAUCGCGAUGGUGUCGUCAUUAGUGGACCCCAAGUACUCGAUGUUAUAUCGAUGCAACAAAAAAUGAAGGAUCUUAAUUGUGUCGAUGUCUCACCAACAGGUUCGGCGCCACUCUCAUUCAAUGAUCUUCUACUGCCAUCGUCGCCUUUUCAUUUACCAGCAUCGCCACUCACCUUGCCAGCAUCACCCAAUCAUUUACCACCAUCUCCAAUGGCAAAUGCACCAAGUUUAUUCGGCGACGAUUCCUCGAGUUAUUGUUCCGAUGGCUCGCAAGGUGGCGGACCAACCCCUACACCAACCCGCACGAAAAUGAAUCGUGCCCGUAAAUUUCUUAAUCGUGGCCGAGAAGAUCAGGGUGCUUUAAGUGAUUCCGAAUGUCAGCCAACGAGCUGGAGACAAAGGUACUUUAAGGAUGCUAACAGUAAUAACACAAAGGUUCUAGAAUGCGUCUCACAGAGUCCAAAGGAAUCGCCAACAAGAUCGGCGACUGUUAUCAAUCGCGGUGGUAGUUUGCACUCGAGUAAAGAAUCAAAAUUCAGGGAUUCGUCAGAAAAAGUAUCAUCACUAAAGCGCGAGGAUAAAUUUCACAAGAGCUUUAGACACGGUCGUGAGGAUAUUUACCGGGAUGAUAGAUCACCAUCCAAGGAGAUUACAGUCUAUCGUGAAAAAUCGAGGAGUAAAAAUUCCGAUUUGGCGGGAAGUCAAGAGAGCAGUUCGACAGCAGCCAGUAAGGAUUCGGAUCAAGAGGAGGAUUCGCCGAAGCACAAGAGUACGGUUGUCAGGUGGCACAGCUUUCAACGAGGUUCUCUUAAUCCAGAAACUUUGGAUCCACUUUGUCGUCGUGCGAUGGCUUCAAUGUCUUGUGGUCAACUCUUGGUACUGAGGAAAUUGGCUCUUUUGAAAUUAACCGCAUGUAUGGAACGAUAUUGUCCCACUCAUCGUACAGGUUGGAAUUGGGAAUUACCGAAAUUCAUCAGAAAGAUAAAGUCACCUGAUUAUAAGGACAAGACUGUCUUUGGUGUUCCGUUGCUGUUGUCACUACAGAGAACGGGUCAAGCUCUGCCGAAGUGUAUACAAAUUGCUCUAAAGUGGCUGAAAACGAACGCUCUCGAUCAGGUUGGUCUGUUUCGAAAGAGUGGCGUGAGGUCUAGAAUUCAAAAACUAAAGGUCAUGACGGAGACACAGGGUGACAAUAUCAAUUUUGAUGGACAACAGGCUUACGACGUUGCCGAUCUUGUUAAACAAUAUUUUCGAGAAUUGCCGGAAGCUCUUCUGACUAACAAACUUUCUGAGACAUUCAUCGCUAUUUUCCAACACGUUCCAGUGGAUCUGCGUCCCGAUGCCGUUCAAUGUGUCCUACUUCUACUACCAGACGAGCAUCGCGAGGCAUUGGAAUUUCUUCUCGAUUUUCUCAAUAUUGUCGCGAGUAAUUCGCCCUACAAUCAAAUGACCGCUUCCAAUUUGUCGGUAUGCCUAGCGCCGAGUUUAUUCCACUUCAAUCAUAACGCAAAUGUGACAAACAGGUCAAAUAGCGUCUCGCCAAGAAGAAGAAAAACUGUCGGGACUCCAGAUCAAAGAGAACUAUCGGAAAAUAAAGCAGCGCACGAUUGCCUCUUAUAUCUCGUUAAAAGUCAUCGCGAACUAUUUAUGGUCUCGUCAGAUAUGUUGACUCAAUGCCACUUUAACUACAUGGAGGAGAGUAUCCCCGUGGGUUUGGAUGAACUUGGAUCAGAAUUGAAGCAAGAUUGGAGGGGCUAUUUAAAUGCCUGCAUAACCGCUUUAUUGAAAGAGGCUCGAGAAAAAAGCCGAGGAUGGGUGACGGUUAACAAUCCAGCGGAUUCCAGUGUGGAAGUGGCAUACAAAAAGGUCGGAGACGGACAUCCGCUUCGUCUUUGGCGAGUUUCGACCGACGUUGAAGCACCACCCAAUGAACUCUUGAAUCGAGUUUUAAGAGAAAGGGACAUCUGGGAUCAUCAAUUAAUUAAAUAUCAGCUAAUCAGUAAAUUGGACACGAAUGUCGAGAUAUUUCAGUAUGUCACUGGAAACAUGAGUCCUCCAUUACCGAUCAGGGACUAUUGUGUUCUGAGAUCGUGGCGAAAUGAUUUGCCCAAAGGAGCUUGUGUAAUUGUUGAAACAUCUGUCGAGCAUCCAAAUGCUCCAGUCACUUUUGGUGGAACACGAGGCAUUGUUUUAGCAUCUCGAUAUUUAAUCGAACCUUGCGGAAGUGGAAAAUCUCGUAUUAUGCAUCUGUCAAGAGUUGAUACAAAAGGAAGAACUCCUGAAUGGUACAACAAAACCUACGGACAUAUAACAGCUCUUCAUCUAAGUAAAAUUCGCAAUUCCUUCAAACAUACGACAGAUGGUCCAGAGAGCAAAGUUUGAGACAGGGAUUCCGUGCAACAUUUAUUGUUGCACGGAAGCAUACAAACAACUUCAAUCUAAAAUGAUGAAAAAGCACAAGAGAAAUCAAGAUAACAAUCUUGCGUCUAAAGCGAAGAAGUACAUGGGCAUUUUUACAAAUGGAGUAAAGAAACGAAAAUGAAUUCGUUUCUACAACAGAUGGGCCUGACAAACAAGAAAAAAAUUAUUGCUUUCAUUCCAAACCUUCUCAAUUUUUUUUUUUUUUUUUUUUUUUGAACGACAAAAGCAAUAAUAAUAAUACCUAAUUCUUGAGCAGUAUAUGACAAAAGGAGGGUUAUUUUAAAUAACCAUCAGACAUUUUAUUGCUUCGUAUAGAAAGCAAAAAAAAAUUGUUAAUUAAGAAAUUAUGAUUUUAUAAAAAAAAUCUAAUGACUUUUAUACUUUACUUUCGGACCAAAGCUAAUUUUUAUUAUAGAAAAAAGUAAUUCGUUUUAGUAUUAAGAACGUUUCUUUUUAUAAGAAAACAAGAAAAAAAAAUACAAAAAUAAUGCAUGAAUAGAAGAAAUAUGAAAAAGUUAUAGAGACUUAUCUAAUUAUUGUUGUUCUCUAAAAAGAAAAACAUUAAUGUAUAAUUAUAGUAUUUUACGUGAGAAAGAAAACGCUUAAACAUUCUGUGUAUUUCAUAUAAUAAAAUAUAUAAAUUGUAAAAUGAGAAAAAUUUGAAAAAUAAAAAUUCGAGUAUGCAAGUUAAUUACAUGAGUUUAUACUGUUAUUUCAGAAAAAAGGGAAUAAUUAAUAGUUUUUUUUUAGAAAAAGAAUGUAUGAAUGUAAAAAAAAGAAAUAAAUUAUGUUAAAACUCGUUCAACCCUUUUUAAUGUUUGAUGUUAAAGGGAUGAAAAUAUAACGAGUUAUAGACAUCGAGUGACGAAAAAUUGAUGUCUAUGCAGUUACCUGAAUUAUUAUAAAUAAUAAUCACAAAAAAAUAACGUAAUCGGCUCUUUAAUGUGUUCGAAUUUUUAAUUACCACAAGUUAAUUCAAGUUACCUGCAAAAUUUACAGGGACCAUUGUUGUAAAAUAAAUUUGGAGCCCAAAAAAAAAAUUAAUGAACCUGCGCAUAAUAUAACCUAUAUAUCGAAUAUAGAUGUAUUUUAACAUAAUGCUAGUCACACUGUAUAACAACAGUGACAACAACAAUGAAUGUAUAGAUUUUUAUUCCAAUUACGUUAAUUAUAAAGAUGUUUAAAAUUCUAUUAUUAUUAUUAUUAUUAUUAUUAUAAUUAUUAUUAUUAUUAUUAAUAUUAUAAGCACUGCGAGAGACAUGCAAAGAGGAAUGCAUGUGAGAAAAAAAUAUAAAAUAUAUAUUUUAUUUUUCUGUCUAAAAAUCGCUGUAAUUGCGAAAGAAUGAAAAACAAACAAACAAAUGUGUCUUCGUGUCGUGUAAUAAUUAUCUCUAUUCUUAUAAUCAAUGUCUGUUAAGUUGUAAAUAUGUAUAUUAAGUAUAUUAACGAAUAUAUAUUCAUUAAAUAUAUAUUCCUUUAAAAAAA